GCGUGACUCUAUGAUCGCGUGAGCUCCCGCGCGUGUCCGUGUACACUCUUUCUGCGCUGUUUUGAUCUGAGUGCGCGCUCCGGCGGAAUUUAACAAGCCCUUGUCUUGUCUGUCUGUCUGAGGCGUGAUAGCCGAGGCGCGUUCACGUGGGUGCCACCGGCUACAGGGCUGAAAGCAUCUUCAAAACACCGGCUUCUUCCUUCCACACUCGACCUAACAACAGCCAAUUUAGAGGUUAAUCUGAACGCGGCGACGGGAGUGGAGAGCAGAGCUUCCGCGACAGAAACUAAUCCGUCCUUGCAGGGAAGCAGGUAGGCAGGCAGACGCGGGGCUUGUAGUGGUGGCUGCAGGAGCAGAGCGGUGGAUCUAUUUGUUGUUUUUGUGGUUUCGCGUCGGUGCCCCACGCACACGCCGUGUCUUUGAAGUGGACGUGGGGAGAGGAAGGGCAUCUCAGUGGCGGCUGUCAAUAGAGGAGGACAAUGGAGGGGAUGCAGGCAUAUGGAGCCGGGAAAGCCGGAGGAGCCUUCGACCCUGUCACCUUCUUCCAGCAGCCACAGACCGUUCUCCGCAUAGUGUCAUGGCUGCUGCUGCCAUGGUGACAGCAGGUAUCCCCCAACCCGGCGUUCUGCAGCUCAUCACGCACACACCGACACACACAUACAAGGAAUGGAAUCGCUUUGACCAGCUCUUCUCCAUUGUGAUUUUCGGCUGCAUCGCUAAUGAAGGCUACAUCAACCGGCAAAAUGAAAUGGAACAGUACUGCAUCUUCAACCGCAACCAGAAUGCCUGUAAUUACGGCGUCUUUAUGGGCUCCAUGGCCUUUCUCUGCUGUAUUGCCUUUUUGGCUCUGGACGUCUACUUCCCUCAGAUCAGCAGCGUCAAAGACCGCAAAAAGGCUGUUCUGGCUGAUAUUGGAGUGUCAGCAUUCUGGUCCUUCAUGUGGUUUGUGGGUUUCUGCUUCUUGGCCAACCAGUGGCAGGUCUCCAAGGAGGAGGACAACCCCCUGAGGGAAGGAGGGGAUGCAGCUCGGGCAGCCAUCACAUUUUCCUUCUUCUCCAUCUUCACCUGGGCGGGGCAGUCCUUCUUGGCCUACCAGAAGUACAAGCUAGGGGCCGACUCGGCGCUCUUCUCGCAGGAAUACACCGACCCAAGCCUGGAUGCAGGUGGAGCGCCCUACACGAGCUUCGGGGGCGACAAUAUGGAGAGUCCAAAUGGAGAAGGAGGCCAGGCCAACAGUGAUGGGGCCUUUGAUGGUACUGGGGGCUACCAGCGUCAAGACUACUGAGACGUUGGAGGGGUCAGAUAUAUGAACGAAGUUGUCCAAAAUAAUUAAAAAAAAUUUAAUUAGAAACUAUUUUGUUUCCUUGGCAUUAAAGUUGUAUGGAAGCUGCAAACAGCCAACUUUGCUUUUUUUUUUUUUCAAUUUCUUAUAACGACAUCAAUCUGGUUAUCAUUAGUUUUGUCUUGAUAGCGAGACCACAAAAUAAUAUUUCUCAUAAGCAUGAAAAAUACUAUAACACGGUCUGGUUAUUAGGAGAAAACUUUUUUUUUUCUCAUAACGAAAUCUACUAUCUCGAUAUCACCAGAAAACAACAUUUUUUGUGCAAUAACAAAACAACGAAAUAGUGUUUCUUGUUAGAACAAAUGACACUAGUCUGGUUAUAGUCUUGUAAUAACGAUAUUUACUAUCUCAUUAUUACAAGAAAACAUUCUUUUUUUGUGGAAACAAGACUACGGAAUAGUUUUUCUUGUUAACACAAACAAUAGUACUAUUUAAUCUGAUUAUCACAAGAGAAAAAGAUGUUGGUCACAGUUACGACACCUACUAUCUCGUUAUUACUAGAAAACAGGGUUUUCUAGUAAUAACGACCUAUGUCGUUAUCACAGGAACAUGUUUUUUUUUCUUAUGAUGACAAGAUAGUUUUUCUCGAUACCACAAAAAAAUGGAAUUGUUAUCAAGGAUGUCUGUACAUCUGCUUGUAGACGGUAAAAUAAACCAACACGCUGCUGCCUGCACUGCUGUAUGCGGACCAACCGUCUCCUCAAAUGAUGUUUAUCACAAUCAGCACAAUCUCCGUGUUUAAGUUAUCAAUUAUAGAUCUCCUGGUGUUCCACUUUUUCUCUGACUAACUGCUUUGUUUUGUUGCUGAUUGUAGAGAAAUAAAAAAGUAUAUUCUUUGUUAUUUUGUUAUCUUACGACACAACAAAAGUUGUGAUCUUGUGAUAACGUGAUUGCAUAUGCCGUUAUUACAAGAAAACGGGUACAAACAAACAAACAAAAAAAAAUCAAGGUAGGCUGUUUGUGUAAUAUUGCUCUAAAUCAGACUGUGGUGUUAGCUUAACCUGUGCUGCUAACAAUACCGCUUUGUUUGGAUCCAGAAACAGAACAGAUGCGGUUUGAUGCUGUUAGCAGUUGGUCAGUCAUAAAUAGGUACAUGCGUUUAAAAUGACAAGAUUAGAGUUUACAACAAUAAAAGAUGUUGCGGCUGAAGUUUGUAUCGAGGUUUUUGGUGGGCUCCUGACACUGAAAAGGUUUGUUUGGAAUUUUCACUUCAUGUGCGGAUUUUGGAAAAUGAAAACACAAUAGGUUCAGAUAUGGAGAGUUGUUUUAAAGUCCCACUCUGAUCAUCUUUUGAUCUAUUUUACAAACAUUCCCUGCGGUCUUUUCACUAAAAUUAUUCAAUUUUUAGCCAUUUUUUUUAAACUGUCAUUAUCUAGGACAUAAUUCCUGCAGAGCACCAGUGGUUCAUCAGAAAUUCACCUUUUAGUAGUGAGCUUAGACGAGGUCAACCAUCAGAAAAAGGCCACAAGAACAUUUAAAAAACCUGAUUUUCAUCGGAGUGGGUCUUGAAGGAGUUACGGUUCAGCUUGAACUGGAAGUUAGAUAUUCUUGAGGGCAGCAAAGCGAGGCACAUAUUCACAGCACUUUGAAGAUGAUUGUUCUGACUCGAAAACCUCUUGGUGACCAACACACAUACCAAACAGUAACCUCCCCAAAAAUAAAGAAAAGAAGACUGCGUGUGUUUUCUUUUUACUUUUGUGAGGGUUUUUUUUUUCUCUUUCUCUGAAAAUCUUUUGUCUUAGUUGUUGCCUUAGUGCUGACUGCCAAGCCAAAUCCAACAAACGCUGGAUGCCACUUGACCCCCACAAACACUUCUUUUUCACUAUUUAAGGUUUUUUUUUUUCAUUGAAAACCUUGUUCUGCAUUAUUACAUACAAACUUUUAUUUGUGGACAGAACAUGUCCUACAGUUAAUAUUUUUAUUUUUUAUCUUUAUGUCAGGAAAUCUGCAUUUAAAGUCGACCAUCAAGACCCCAAGUAUUUCUAAACAUGCAUUACUCCACUUUCUAAAAGAAUAUUGUAUUAGUAAAUCUAUAAAUUAUUGUUAAUCUAUGAUUAAACAUAUUAUAGUGUUUGGCAGGAAGGAUCUGCGUUCUUUUAGAGCAUUAUGCUUGUUCUGUAUGUAAAAAAAAGAAGAGCUCUAUGGUCUGUUGUUAAUGUGGUAAGAUAUAUGGUGAGGUAGGCUAUGCCUCAUCCUUUAUUUUGCUUUCAGGGUAGGGAAAUCUUUUUAUUUUGGAUAACAAUACCUGCUAAAAGAGAAAAAAAAAGUGACCAAAUUACCAAAGUAUAUAAACAAGUAUAUACUUUAUAUUUUACAUCUGUGUAGUUGAAAAAUGUGUGAUGUUCCUGUGUGAAAUAUGUUUAGAAUUAAAAAAAGAAUAAUGUGUGCAAAUGUUUGUUUUUGAUGUUUUGGUUUUAACCAAUAAGAAUAAAGAAAGACAAUGUAGACACGUGAUUGUCCUUCUGUGUCUUUUCUUUCCGUUUCAUAUUUUGUUUGUUUAUUUAACUAAA